AUGCACUUCAACCUCCCCCUCGCAUUCUUAGCACCUCUCGCCCUCGCCCUUACUCUCAGCCAUAGGAGCUACGCCAAUACCACUCCUUUAUCAAACACCCACUCCUCCCUGCUAUCAGAGCAACACAUCGUCCUAACCGAGUUCUCGAGAGUUUUCUACACCGAAAAAAACGUCCCCCUCGCAUUCAACACCUACGUAUCCGAGUCCUACUUCCAACACAACCCGAACAUCCUAGACGGGCGCGAAGCCGCCAUCGACGCCCUAUCCCCGCUCUUCGCAACCCCCGGCGCAGAAUUCCAGAUCAUUAAUCUGUUUGUGGGCGAGGGGUUUGGGCUGGUUCAUGUGCGGGCGAUCACGCCCGGACAGAACGACUCCAGCGUUAUGGAUUUGUAUCGGUUCCGGGGAGUGGAGAUUGUGGAGCAUUGGGAUGUUGGGCAGGUUGUUACUGAAGGGGUAAAUCCGCAUCCGUUCUUUUAG